GGAGACAUGAAAUUUCUUAAUUUUAUUUUGUAAAACGAUCGUUAUUACCGAGUAGUAUGUACAUUUAUGUAUUUCGAAAUUUUGUAAAGAAAAACGGAGCAGUUUUAGUCUUUACACGCUGUGUCGCUCGCAGUUUGGCAGCCUCGCACGCCGUUAAGCUCGACGGCCGACGCUUGACCAGUCGGGAAACCCACACAGAGAGAAACGGGACGCCGCCACUGUGCCACGCGCCCACGCCGUGGCCGGCAGGAAGCCAGCAGCAAUCUGCAAUCCCCAAAUUUCUCUAAGAUUUUUAUUUUAAAAAAUAGUUCACAUCCGGCCCACCCCUUUAUAGUGUCCUGGCUAAUGACCUGGCUGCCGUAAUUGUUCUGUUCCGAUUUCAAAAACUAAAUCCGUUCUUCCCAUCGACAACAACGAACCUUUUAGUUUCCUCAUUGGAGAAGCAUUUAUAUGAGACAAAUCGUCGCCGAACAGAUGGCAAUGAAAGUCAAAGAAGAUGUUCACAGACUCAGCACCAAACCACCAACCUCUCAAAAAAAAUUAUUUUUAGCUACCCUUAAUCUCAAACUUGCUAGAACUUCAGCUGCUGCACGAUUCCGUCGAAGAAGUUCUCGAUGCUGAUUGGAGAGUAGGUCAGAGAAUUAUACUCCGUAUUUAUCUGACUUGGGGUUUUCCAGAAGAGCUUCGCGAUAAGGGAAUAAAUUGGGCUGGCUCUUGUGAGGGACGUUCCUGAUCAAUUCCUUGAAUUUAUGCAAGAUAACAUCACGACUUUCGGUUGCCUGAUUGCCGGAACCACCGUCGUAUGGGAAACUGCACUUGGUAGCUAUAGUAUACGGCUCCCUCAUCCCAACCUGGCAUCUUCCUCUUUCCGUCUCUCCGGAGAACUAUUUGUCUUGCAUAAACGCUUGCCGAUCUUGUAGGCUUGUGAGACAGGGGGCGUCAAUGGAUAGUAAGCCAAUGAUCAAGUGGCGGUAAGGAAAUAAUAUUAUUGUUAUAGGUUAGAAAUAAACAGAUGCAACCUCCCUGUUGUUCGAUGAAAUGCCUCUUCUAAGGAAUGGGCAGCAAGACAAUGAUCAAGUGGCCUAAGGAAAUCACUACAUGCCUGGUCCAGCAGUUAAUCAAAGCAGAAAAAGACAUUCAUAAAGCCCUUCUGAUAUUCGAUGCUGCAACAGCAGAGUAUACCAAUGGCUUCAGGCACGACCACACCACUUUUGGAAUGGUAGUCUCACGCCUACUUUCUGCCAACAGGUUUAAGUCAGCCGAGGAUAUGCUCACUAGAAUGAAGGAGGAGAAGUGUAUGAUCACAGAGGAUGUCUUCCUCUCUUUGUACAGAGCAUACGGCCGUGUUCACAAACCACUUGAUGUGGUAAGAAUUUUCCAAACCAUGAAGUGUUACAAUUGUGAACCUACACAGAAGUCCUACAUUACAGUUUUCUCCAUCCUUGUGAAUGAAAACAGGUUAAAAACAGCUUUUAAGUUUUACCUCUACAUGAGGGAAAGUGGUAUUCCUCCCAACACAGCAUCACUAAACAUUCUCAUCAAAGCACUUUGCAAGAAUGAAAAAACAAUGGAUUCCGCUUUUAAUAUACUUCGUGAGAUGUCUAAGCAUGGAUGCAGUCCGGAUUCAUACACAUACGGAACCAUCAUUAGUGGGCUUUGUAAACUGGGGAGGAUUCUUGAAGCAAAAGAGCUUUUUGUAGAGAUGGAAGCAAAAGGAUGUUUACCCACAGUUAUAACAUACACUACUCUGAUUCAUGGUCUCUGUCUCACCAGUGACUUGGAUGAAGCUUUAACAUUGCUUGAAGUUAUGAGAACAAAACAUGUCGAUCCUAACGUGUUUACUUACACAUGCCUCAUGGAUGGCCUUUGUAAGAAUGGGCGUUCUUUAAAAUCCAUGGAACUCUUAGAGGUUAUGAUCCGUGAACACAAGAUGCCAAAUAUGAUAACUUACAGCACAUUAAUCCACGGACUCUGUAGAGAAGGUAAACUUCGUGAAGCAUUAGAGAUGUUUGAUAGAAUGAAGGUUCAGGAAUUAAAACCUGAUGCAGGAUUGUACUGGAAUAUAAUCAGUUUGUUUUGUGAAAUCAACAAGUUUCAGGAAGCGGCUAAUUAUCUUGAUGAGAUGGUUCUUAGUGGUGUCACUCCAAAUCGGGUGACUUGGAGCCUUCAUGUAAAGAUCCAUAAUACAGUGGUCCAAGGACUUAUUGAUGGUGUGAAUGAUCCAAGACGGGCUUUCCAGUUGUACUUGAGCAUGAGAAGUAGAGGAAUAUCGGUUGAGGACAAGACGUUUGAAGCUCUUGUAGUUUGCUUUUGCAAGAAGGGAGAUUUGCACAAGAUGGGGCGGAUCAUUGAGGAGAUGGUGAUUGAUGGGUGCACACCUGGGAGAGGAACAUGGACUGCUGUGGUGGCAUCUUUUUGGGACAGGAAGAAGGUGAGGGAAGCUACUGAGUUGCUACACUCUGAGCUGACGGCUAAACUUAUGGAGUGUUAACUUGGACUCUAGUCCAAUACUCCCUCCGUCCCUUAAAACUUUGCCAAUGGAAUGUUAACUUGUACUCUAGUCCAAUACUCCCUCCGUCCCUUAAAACUUUGCCAACUUUUCUUUUUUGGAUGUCCCACUGACUUUGUCACUUUCCCUUUUAAGUAAACAAUUUGUGGUUCCAGUUAAUUCUCUCUCCUCUUCACAAACAUCAAU